AUGCUAACAGCCCAGCUAAAUCUAGCUGCAACUUCGGUUGAUCCAGGAGUUGCCAGGCAUUUCUUGUUCUGUGGCACAAAGCUUAUUCGUGCCAGACGGCCCCAAGAUCCCGCAGAUGAUGAAGCAGCUGCUCUCGCCAUGGUCGUGCGGACAGGCUUCAACACUACGAAGGGUGCCCUGGUUAGGUCAAUGCUGUUCCCUAAACCAUCAGGUUUCAAAUUCUACCAGGACUCUUUCCGGUACAUUUCCGUGAUGGCCACCGUUGCAGCUGUUGGAUUUAUUGUUUCGUUUGUCAAUUUCAUUCGACUAAAGGCUCAAAUCCCAGCAGAUAUUUUGCAUAAGUCCACAAAGGUACCUUCUAGACAGGAGCUUCUUUGUAUACAUGUUACUAAUUUUAAUAGGGUUAAUGUUGCCGGAAAGCUCGAUGUUGUCUGCUUUGAUAAAACUGGAACUCUAACUGAAGAUGGCCUUGAUGAUUACGGCCCAAAUACGGCCAUUCUUUACACCAUGGCGACCUGCCAUUCGCUAAGGAUGAUAGACGGAGAACUCAUAGGCGACCCUCUGGAUGUUAAGAUGUUUGAAUUUACAGGCUGGUCCUACGAAGAAGGUAGCCACAACACUGCAGAAGUAUAUGAGGAUUAUGAAAAUAUCUCUCCAUCUAUUGCAAGAUCUCCGCUCAAUUUUGCUCCUCCAAAUGAUACCGGACCAACACUUGAAGCAAGUAAUGCUACUGAGUUAUCCAUCCUUCGCAUUUUUGAAUUUGUCUCUCAACUCCGCCGAGCUAGUGUUGUAGUGCGCCAACCAGGUAGUGAUGGAGUUGACAUAUUCGUUAAAGGGGCCCCAGAGUGCAUGAAAGAUAUAUGCAUUCCUAAAAGCUUGCCACCCGACUUUUCUGAACUCCUGAAUUACUACACCCAUCGCGGGUUCCGAGUUAUUGCCUGUGCAACCAAACAUAUCCCGCAGUUUUCACUUCGAGACAUCUUUUCCAUGAGUAGGGCGGAUGCCGAAUCAGACCUUGAAUUUAUUGGCUUCAUCAUCUUUGAGAACAAACUAAAGCCUACUUCGAAGGGUGUUAUUACCGAGCUACAUGAAGCUGGUAUUCGCAGUGUAAUGUGUACGGGCGAUAAUAUUUUGACAGCCGUCAGCGUGGCAAGGGAGUGUGGCUUUGUUGAGGGCGCCGCCCCUUGUUUUGUUCCUUACUUUGUUGAGGGUAAGCUUCCACUCCGAACCAUUUAA